AUGGAGGACAUUAUUGACCAUUUACCCAAAUUGCCUGAAAUCCAACAACAAAAACUAACCAUUCCCGAAUUUGACGAAAUAGAAGUCAAAGCAACUGACUCAGUAGAAAUAAAGAAGUUCAUACGAAAGGUAAAUUAUGAAUUCCUUGGUUUUCAUUGCAACCAUAAGGUUAUGGACAAAGAUUGCGACAUGGUAUAUAAGAACAUCUCUGACCUUUACAAAUCCGAAGAAUUUAAGACCUACGACAACUUUGUUUCAUUAGUUGCAAAAUGUGUUUGGGAAAUAAGAGAUAAAGAUAGUAGGGGUAAGGUAUGGAACGAACAAAUAAAACCCGCUAUGUUCGAGAUGAAGAGAGCAAUUGACGCCUUGGUUGUUUUAGCAGGUAAGGUUUCAGAAUAUAACGCAAAAAUGAAUCCGCAAUGUUCAAAAUGUAAAGCAGCAAUGAGGAAAUAUAACUACUCCGUCAAAGAGAUAGAACGUAUGCGAAACGACUAUGCUGACUUAAAGAGGGAGGCAGAGAAACCAGCAGAAGAUAAAAUGGACAUGUUAGAAUUUCUGAACAAAAACUAUCCAACUGCUGACGAUUUCCUUCUAUCUGACGUCAAGAAGAAAUAUAAAGAAACCUUCGGUAUCGUUAAAACUUUUGACAUACUAAAAGAAGAAAUAGAAGCUACGAAAUUGUUUAGAGUCAUGAACCAUCGCAACAUAUACCAUGUAAAACGCUUGUAA